CCGGUUUAUUGAGCGGGAAGUGAAGAUAAGUGUAAAAAAACGUUAACAUUAUUUUUACACCGUUUAAAUACUAUUGCUGGAUUUUAGUUUAAAUUAUAUUGUCCACGUUAUUUUAUGAUGCCUCCUAAAAGGACCAAAGCUGCCAUCGAAAAGACCACAAAGGACGUACAAGAGGUGCCAUCAGAAGAACCUGUCAAAAAACAGACCCGUAGAAGGCUUCAAAAGGAAAUAUCAGAACCAGAAGAACCGGCCGAUGAACCUGUGAAGAGGCAAAGACAUACUAAGUCUAAGAAAUCUCAGGACACACAAGAAGUUUCAUCAAAAGAACCUGCCAAGAAACAGAGUCGCAGGAUCAAUAAGGUCCAGAAGAGCGAACCCGAAAAAGAGGAAGCGAAAAAACCCGAAGUAAAACCAACGGUUAAAGGUAAAAAAACCACUGCUAAACCGGAAGCAGCUCUUUUAAACACCACAGAAUCAAAGUGGGAUGAAAUCGAUUUUGGCUGCAACAAAACCACUUCGAGCGGUGAAACCUAUAAUUUAAAAAUUACUUCGUGGAACGUGGACGGUCUUAGAGCUUGGUUUAAAAAGGGCGGAUGGAACAUAAUGGAAUACGACAAACCGGAUAUUUUCUGUUUACAAGAAACAAAAUGCAGCGACGAUAAACUACCCGAAGAAAUGGUCGAAGUAGAUGGCUAUCAUGCUUAUUGGUGUUCCAGUAAGAAAGAGGGGUAUGCCGGAGUCGCAGUUUAUUCAAAAGUUAAACCUGUUAACGUGAAAUAUGGAGUCGGUGAUGAAAAAUACGACGACGAGGGACGCUGUCUUACGCUAGAGUUCGAAAAAUUCCAUUUGGUUAACGUAUACGUUCCUAAUGCAGGUCGAGGACUAGUAACGUUACCAAAACGAUUAGAAUGGAACGAAGUGUUUAAAGCCUACAUAUCCACAUUAGACAAGACGAAACCGGUUAUCGUAUGCGGCGAUAUGAACGUCGCACACGAAGAAAUCGACAUCGCCAAUCCAAAGUCGAAUAAGAAGAACGCCGGAUUUACAAAGGCAAAGAGAGAAGGUAUGACAGACUUGCUUUCUUCAGGGUUCAUAGACACUUUUCGGGAAAUUUAUCCGGAAGAAAAGGAUGUGUAUACGUUUUGGAGCUACAUGUCCAAAGCUAGAUCUAAGAAUAUUGGCUGGAGAUUAGACUAUUUCAUAAUCUCCAACAGGCUGAUGAAAAAAGUAUGCGACAGCGUAGUGAGGAAUCUCGUAUACGGAUCGGAUCACUGCCCCAUCACCCUGUUCGUUCAUAUUUAAGUUAUUUAUACUAUUUUUUAUGUCAAGUUAAUUGUAAGUUACCGUUUUUUUGCGCAUCUGAACUUCAGCCCUUUAUUAUAUGGGUAACAUUUGUUUCAGUCAUAGAGUAAUAAACAUGUAAAAAUUUGUUAUUCUUCCUAUUAGGAUUAGAUUAAGGAGUCAAGUUGUUUUUUUUAUUUGUUUUAAUGUGUUAAUUAAUAAAGUGUUUUUUGUAUUUUUAAAAUAAAUAAAGCAUUCGAAAUGUUA